CCAGCGGCUCGCCAUGGCUGGCCCGCAGCAGCAGCCCCCUUACCUGCACCUGGCCGAGCUGACGGCGUCUCAGUUCCUGGAAAUCUGGAAGCACUUUGAUGCAGACGGAAAUGGGUACAUUGAAGGCAAAGAGCUAGAAAACUUUUUCCAAGAGCUGGAAAAGGCAAGAAAAGGCUCCGGCAUGAUGUCAAAGAGCGACAACUUUGGGGAGAAGAUGAAGGAGUUCAUGCAGAAGUAUGACAAGAACUCCGAUGGAAAAAUCGAGAUGGCAGAGCUGGCGCAGAUCCUGCCGACUGAAGAGAACUUCCUGCUGUGCUUCAGGCAGCACGUGGGCUCCAGUGCUGAGUUCAUGGAGGCCUGGCGGAAGUAUGACACAGACCGGAGUGGUUACAUCGAGGCCAAUGAGCUCAAGGGCUUCCUGUCAGACCUGCUGAAGAAGGCCAACCGGCCAUAUGAUGAACCCAAGCUCCAGGAAUACACCCAAACCAUACUCCGGAUGUUUGACUUGAACGGGGAUGGCAAAUUGGGCCUCUCAGAGAUGUCCAGGCUCUUGCCUGUUCAGGAAAACUUUCUGCUGAAAUUUCAGGGCAUGAAGCUGACCUCGGAGGAGUUCAACGCCAUCUUCACAUUUUAUGACAAGGAUGGAAGCGGCUACAUCGAUGAGAAUGAGCUGGAUGCCCUUCUGAAGGAUUUGUAUGAGAAGAACAAGAAGGAAAUGAACAUCCAGCAGCUUACCAACUACAGAAAGAGCGUCAUGUCCUUGGCUGAGGCGGGAAAGCUCUACCGGAAGGACCUGGAGAUUGUGCUCUGCAGUGAGCCCCCCAUGUAAAGAAAUGGCCGUGGGAGCUGCUUCCUUCCCCCAAACCCUUCCCUUGCUCCCUGUCACUUCUCCCCAGACCAGAGAUAGAUCGUGAGCACCCUUGCCCCACCCUGGCAACCUGCACAUCUCAGCUUGCAAACAGGAAGGCGGGAUGGCGAAUGGGUGAUGGAUGGGGCUCUUGUGAGUCAGCUCCAGCCCAACCCUGACCAGACACAGGGCUCUGCCCGCAAUGGUCACCAACUGCAUGAAUGGUGGGGGGGGUGUGGGUACAGCUUCCCUAGUUCUCUUUGCUGUGGUGCAUGUGUGCAUUUGCUGUAUGAUUUAGGCUUUUAUGUCCAACAGAGUGGCCUCUUUCCUCCUGCUGCCUCCUGCCUUUCCUCCUGGCCACUACCCACCCCAACUUCCAAGUUCCACCCACCAUCUUGCUCAUGGUGUAGCUGUUGUCUCAGAGUUCCUGCUGUGGAGGGCACUGGCCCUCUUCUUGCCUUGUUUACUCGUGUGCUCCUUUUCUCUUUGGGUUUCCUGUCUUCUUGUUUACCAAAGAAGAGUUUACAGACAAUAAAGUGGAAACACUCUGCUGUGGAAA